GGCUUUUCGAGGCGUAUGCAAACAGCACGCGACCAUGUCUUCGAAUAUCGAUAUGGAGAAAAGAGAUUUGGAGUCGCCUGUUGAUGGAGAUUUGGCGUCAAAACAUGAAGUCAAUUUGAAGGUUGAUAUAGAGAACGGAAGGCUGGCGAUAGAUCACGUUGCAGAGAAGAAGUUGAUGAGGAAAAUUGAUCUUAAUCUUAUAACAUUGUUUGGUGCACUAUAUUUGAUGAGCUUCUUGGAUAGGUCAAACAUUGGGAAUGCAAAUUUGACAGGCUUCAGUACGGACUUGCGCCUAGUCAACAAUCAAUACGGAGCAGCUGUCUCGAUUGUCUAUGCCACAUACGUUGUCUUCGAGCCAAUUUGGACCGUUUUGCUGAAGAUUUUGACGCCGAAAUUCUUGAUGACCGCAUCUACUUUGGGUUGGGCAGCAUUAACGAUUGGAACUGCAUUCACUAAGAACUUUGACCAACUUGCGGCAGUUCGUGUUUUGCUUGGAGCUGUUGAAGCAGCCAUCAUCCCCUGCAUCUUGAUGUACAUCACCAUGACGUACAACCGUGAUGAAUACGCGAUUCGAAAUACCUACGUUUUCUCAGCCUCGGCUGUCUCUGGUGCUUUUGGAGGUCUUCUCGCCUACGGCUUGACGCAAAUCGAAUCCGGAGGUCUCCAUGGUUGGCAAUGGAUGUAUAUCGUCGAAGGCAUAAUCAGCUUCUGUCUUUGCCCCAUCACUUUCUUCUGGCUACCAAACUCAGUCGCAGAAGCGAUAUGGCUGAACAAAGAGGAGAAGGAACUAAUUACGGUACGACUUGAGCGCAAUAAAGGCGCAUAUGAUUCGGAAGAGAAGUUUUCUUGGAGUGAGAUCUUAAGGUGCUUUAAAGAUUGGAAGUUCUACGUCCAGUCCAUCAGCCACUUUGGCAUUGACACGACCCUAUAUGCAGUCACAACUUUCAUGCCAAAGAUUAUUGCUGGACUUGGCUUCACUACCACAGUCAAUGCACAACUACUUACAGUACCAGUGUACUUUGUUGCGGCGGUAUCAUAUCUCAUUCUUGGCUACUUGUCAGACAAGUACAAAAAUCGCUCGACUUUCUUGCUCAUUGCUCUGUCAUCUUGUCUUAUUGGCUACAUCAUUCUGAUUGCCAGUCCCUCUACCGGAGUGCGAUACUUCGGGGUAUUCAUGGUCGCUAUUGGCCUUUAUGCUACAACUUCACUCAAUAUUGUUUGGGCUGCAACAAAUCACGCUGGGUACUUCAAGCGAGCCUUCGCAACCGGAACUGUACAACUUGUGGGGAAUUCUGCAGGGGCGGCCAUUGGCUUCAUAUUCAAGACUCAAUCUGCGCCUCGGUACUUCGAAGGUCUGUACUUUGCUUUAGGAGUGACGAUCAUGUCUAUAACCUUGACUUCGAUCAUGAGCAUUUUACUGCGACGAGAAAACAGGAAGAAGUUGCGGCUCAUUGCGGAAGGAGCAGCCGAUCAACCAGAACUCGGGGACAGGAACCCACAUUUUCUAUAUUAUCCAUAAUCUCUAUAUCUCGUCGCUAGCAACCUGUAUUACAGUAGAAAAAUAAGC